CUAUACUUAAAAAAAAAUAUUUAUAUAUAGUUUGUAUGCUUAAAUGGUGUAUAAGUUAUAUAAUCAACUAGUCUAUAUAUCAAAUAAUAAGGAAAACAACAGGACAAUUAAGUUAUCUUUAAUCUGAUAUGUAAGUAUAUCAACAAAAAUGGAUUCCAACGACUUCACUUAUUGGGGUAAACAAAUGAUUGAUUUUAUAUCAAAUUAUUUACAAACUAUACGUAAAUAUCCUGUUUUACCAAAUGUGGAACCUGGUUAUUUAAAACAUUUAAUACCUAAUCAACCACCUGAACAAUCAGAUACAUGGAUGAAUAUAUUUGAGGAUGUGAAAAAGUUUAUUUUACCCGGUCUGACUCACUGGCAACAUCCUCAAUUUCAUGCUUAUUUUCCGGCAGCGAAUUCAGUACCAUCAAUCAUGGCUGAUAUGUUAUCUACGGCACUAGGUUGUAAUGGAUUUUCAUGGGUUGCAAGCCCUGCAAUUACAGAAUUGGAAAUCUUGAUGUGUGACUGGAUUGGAAAGCUUUUAAAUCUACCUGAUACAUUUUUGCAUAGUAGCGGAAUCGGUGGAGGUGUAAUACAAUCGUCGGCAAGUGAUUGUAUAUUUGUAUCAAUGUUAGCUGCUCGUCAUCAAGCAAUUGAGCGUUAUAAACAUCUUUUAAAAAUGAUCAGUGAUUUAGACCCUGAAAUAAUAGUUCUCUCCAAACUUGUGGCAUAUGCAUCCACGUUAGCUCAUUCAGCUGUAGAAAAGGCUAGUGUGCUUGGUUUUGUAAAGUUACGACGUUUGCCGGUCGAUGAAAACUUUAGUGUUCGAGGUGAAACUUUACAACGUGCUAUUAAAGAAGACAAGUCUAUGGGACUUAUUCCAUUCUAUAUGUGUGCAACACUCGGAACAACAUCAUGUUGUUCAUUUGACCAUUUAAAAUCUAUUGGACAAGUAUGUCGUGAAAACGAUAUCUGGUUACAUGUGGACGCUGCAUAUGCUGGGAAUGCUUUUAUAUGUCCGGAGUUCAGACACUACUUAGAUGGAAUUGAGGAUGUUUGGUCCAUCAACAUCAAUCCAAACAAGUGGAUGCUAGUCAGUCAUGAUUGCAGUCUUAUGUGGGUACGUGAUUCGAAAGCCCUCACUAAGAGUAUGAUUGUCAAUCCGUCAUAUUUGCAGCAUAAACAUAACACGCUCGAUUUUCGGCAUUGGGGAAUUCCUUUAAGUCGAAGAUUUAGAGCGCUUAAAUUAUGGUUUGUAGUUCGAAUAUAUGGAGCAACAGGUUUGAGGAAUUAUAUUAGAUCACAUGUACAACUUGCAAAAUAUUUUGUGAAUAAGGUGAAAACAAAUAACGCUUAUGAAAUUGUUGGUAAUCCAGUUAUGGGACUUGUAUGUUUCAGAUUAAAGGGAUCCAAUGAAUUGACUCGAUGUUUAGUCCAUCUUAUUAAUAAGAGCAGGGAAAUACAUAUUGUACCCUCUAUGGCCAGAGAUAUCUACUUUAUUCGAUUUUCUAUAAAUUAUGAAAAGGCCUGUAUCGAAGAUAUUGAUUAUUCGUGGUCGGUGAUUGAAACAUCCCGAAAAAUACUAACCACUCAAAGUAGGCAGCGAAUCAAUAUACAUAACACUCGUUGUAACCAUACCAAUUGAUGAAGGUUCAUAACGCUAAUAGAUUUCUCAUUCUUAAAUUAUAGUCUACGUUUUAAACUCAAUGUUACUCUUCUAGAGAUUUCAAAUUAAACAAGUAAUGCUUUAAAGCAAUCUGUGAUAAAAUGUUAACAGUCUAGGCAUAUCUGUUACCUCCAUCAGUCAAGUUACAUAGCCGGUAGAUACCUCAUCCGUCGAUUAAAUGAGGGAGUAUUUUUAAAAA